AUGGAAAAUAAAUCAACCAUAAAUAUUGAAGCUAUUUCACAAGAACUUGCAAAAAAUUUAGAAAUAAAUGAAAACAAUGUAGAAACUAUUGAUGAAAUCAAGAAAAAUAUUGAAGAUAUGUCUGUGUCAAUGGAUGAUACAAAGAAUUCUCUAAAACAAGUUAGAAAUGACAUCGAUACAAGAUCAGAAAUAGCAUCUAAAGAACUUUAUGAAGCUGCACAUCAUUUAGAUUCUUUGUAUAAUAAGAUCGAUUCUCUUGAAAGAUUUAUUAGUGUGGUCAAACAAACUGUAAAUGAUGUGACUGAUAGAGUUGAUGAGGCAGAAAAUUUUUUGACAAAUCCGAUUAAUCGUGUUUUAGACAAAUUGAAAAUGACUACUGCUAAAUCAGUCGAACCUUCACAAUUCAAUCUCCCACCAAUGAAACCAUUAAAAAUAUAUAAAACACUAGAUCAUUUUCCAGAAUCCAAUACCACUAAUGAAUUGGAAGAAGAUAAUAACGAAAAAAAAUAA